GUGGAUUUCCAAUUUCAACAUGGCUGCGGUCUGAAAAUAAAGGAGGAGUUGUUUUAAGCAAUGAAAUAAUCUGGGUCUUUUAAACUACAGGACAGUAAACUUAGUACAGUGUGUUAGGUAGUUCUGACGCUGGUCCAAGAUGGCUCAAUGUGUGCAGUCAGUGCAGGAGUUUGUUCAAGACUCGUUCGUUCCGAUGGUUGCCGUCUUGUGCAGUGAAGAAGCGGAGAGAGUGACUCGCAAGAACAACCUGAAUUUCGCUGAGCUUCUAAGGCCUUUCUGCAGACUGACGUCCGAAGGUCAUAUUCGUGACCCCAACAACCAGAUGCAAGUUGUGAAAAACCUGCGCAUCUGUGUGAACAAUGUGUCAACAAGUCUAAGCACAGCAUCGGCUGCCCUCACCCCUGCCCAGCGCCAGAUGCUCAAUGAAGUGGUGUUAUCCUGCCAGCCACAAGAGGGAGCUUUGACCAAUGUGAUAACUGCAGGAGAUUAUAACCUCAAUUUCAGUGCUACCACACCCUGGUUUGAAACCUAUAGAGAGAACUUCCUACAGUGUAUGCCUGCCUCUGACCAUGAGUUUCUCAAUCACUACCUCGCCUGCCUGCUGGUUGUGUCCUCCACAGAGUCUGUUCCUGUGGAGCAAUUCCUCAAGCUUUCCCAGGAGCAGCACAGGAUCCAACACAGUGGAGAAUAUGCAAACCCGAAGUGGUUUAUACCCAACACACUCAAGUAUUACGUCUUACUGCAUGACAUGAGUGAGGGGGAUGAACAGAGGGCAGAAACAGUGUAUGAGGAUAUGAAACAGAGAUAUGGCUCUCAGGGCUGCUACCUUCUGAAAAUGAACUCUCGUACCCUCUCAGAUCAAGUAGAUGAACAGAUUCCCGACCCCUGGAGUCAGUACCUUCACAGGAGUUAUCUGCAAAACCAGGAGAAUUCUGAUGAUGUAAUCCCAAGUAUCAACAGCGCUGCCCAUGAGAAUAAUAUCAGCACAGCUGAAGUGGAGUGCAAUCAAUCAACAGAAAAAGAUGGCGUGUCCAACAGUCUAGAAAGCCAUCCUCUGCAGCUUGACACAGUUAACACCUCUGGGAGCCUCUACACGCUUGGUGCUGUAAACACAGACCCGAAGAAAGGCACAAAAGAUCCAGAAAGCCUGCAGGGAGGAUCAGGAAGCCAUGGGGCAUGCCUGACCCUAAAUGACCAUGACCACAUCAGACAGUUCAUCCAGGAGUUCACCUUCAGAGGCCUGCUGCCACACAUAGAGAAGAACAUCAGACAGCUCAAUGACCAGCUGGUCUCCAGGAAAGGUCUGAGUCGGUCUCUGUUCACAGCCACCAAGAAGUGGUUUGGCGGUGGUAAAGUUCCAGAGAAGAGCAUCAGCGAACCAAAGAGCACAAGUGGUGUUAUAUAUCCCCCAGAAGCCCCAGAGCUGCAGAUCAGGAAGAUGGCUGACCUCUGCUUUCUAGUUCAGCACUAUGAGCUGGCCUACAGCUGUUACCACACUGCCAAGAAAGAUUUCCUGUCAGAUCAGGCCAUGCUCUAUGCUGCAGGAGCGUUGGAAAUGGCUGCAGUGUCAGCCUUUCUGCAGGCUGGAGCUCCCAGACCAUAUCCAGCCCACUACAUGGAUACUGCUAUACAGACUUACAGAGAUGUCUGCAAGAACAUGGUGCUUGCUGAGCGUUGUGCUUUACUCAGCGCUGAAAUUCUGAAGAGUCAGGGCAAAUACUCAGAGGCUGCAACUCUUCUCAUUAAGAUGACCAGUGAGGACUCUGACCUGCGCAGUGCUCUACUAUUGGAACAGGCUGCCCACUGCUUUAUUAAUAUGCGUAACCCAAUGGUACGCAAGUUUGCUUUCCAUAUGAUCCUGGCUGGUCAUCGAUUCAGCAAGGCAGGACAGAGAAGGCAUGCACUACGCUGUUACUGCCAAGCCAUGCAGGUAUACAAGGAGAGAGGCUGGUCUUUGGCAGAGGACCAUAUCAACUUCACCAUCGGACGUCAGUCCUUUACACUUCGCCAACCAGAGAACGCAGUGAUAGCUUUCAGAAAAAUCCUGACCAAUGACAGCAGGCAAACUGCCACUCAGCAGGGUGCCUUUCUCAGAGAGUAUCUCUUUGUUUACAAGAGUGUAAUUGGGGGAAAUGAAGUCAGCCUCCCCGAGCUGCCUCUUCCUUGCAUUCUCAGUUCAGCCACAAGAGUUUAUUUUGGUCAUGAACGCCGCCUCGCAGAAGGGGAAAAGCAGGCAGCUACUCAUGUAUCCCUUGAUCAAGAGUAUGAUCAGGACUUGGCAGCCAUGUGGUGCAACCUGGAAGAGCAGCUUGUGGCGGCCUCCAAUCGAGGGGUUGUCCCAGUUAACUUCCAACCUACUCAGUGCUGCCUCAACAGCCAGACAGACAACCAGCGCCACCCACUAGCUGUUGUAAAGGAGCCAAUCAUAGUUGAGUUGACAUUUAAGAACCCUCUCAAGGUUUCUCUGGUUCUUUCAAAUUUAUCACUGCUGUGGAGAUUCACCCCCAAUGGCAAGUCUCCAUCCAAGAAGAUGACUGAAGAAUCUGCUAUCACCAAUGAGGAGACCUUAGCUCAAGGGACGGUACAGAAAGAUGAUGUUAUCACCACUGAGGUCAUCCAGGAGUUUCAGAUGGGUCCAGAGGAGACCAAAAUGGCUCGACUCCGGCUGCUGCCUCACAGAAUAGGCCAUCUGAACAUUGUUGGUGUGGUGUACAACCUGGCUACGGCCUCAUCUGGAGAGAAGGCUCCCAGCACUGAAGGCCAGCAAACACUGGAUUUGAUAGUUCGAGGCAGACAAGACCUGAAAAUCCGUGGUCCCAGACUUAAUCAAACCAAAGAGGACAAGAUGUUGGUUCGGCAUGGUCCUGAUCAUCGACUGGAUCCCAUCAUAACCCCACCCAUGCCCCUAAUGGAGGUCUUUUUCUUGCAGUUUCCGACUGCUCUGCUCUGUGGUGAGAUCAGAAAGGCCUACGUCGAGUUCUGUAACGUCAGCAGUGUUGCGCUGUGUGGCCUUCGAGUGGUAUCGACACACCCUGAUUUCUUUACCUUUGGUAGUCAGGCCACAACGCCCAUCAGCCCCAACUCAACUGAAAAUUGCUCAGCCUAUAAAACCAUCGUCACGCCCCCUGAUUCAAACUGCAAGGCAUCAGAGAUGUUGGUCUCGCCUGAGGACUUCAGCCAACUGUCUGGUGUGAUGGAGAUACCAAUAGAAGGCAACACACUGCAGCCAGGGGAGUCAACACAGCUUCCUCUGUGGCUUAGAGGACCAGACCAGGAGGGAGUUCAUGAAAUUAAUUUCCUAUUUUACUAUGAGAGCACAGAGAAAGGAACCAAAAUCAGUCACCGUGUGUUGCGUCACACAGUGUUUAUCUGUGCCAGUCGUUCUCUAAGCGUGCAGGCCUCUGCUUGCCGCAGUAGCGGUCCUCCACAUCACUGUCUGGAUGACAAAGGUAGCAGUGGAACUCUGGUCUUUAUUGAUGUGGAGAACAUCAAUACGAGUGAAGCUUGUGUGCGAGAAUUCCACAUUGUCCAGGUGUCAAGCAGCAGUCAACACUGGCGCCUACACAAGUGUAUAAACCCUGCCAAGGAAAAAGACUGUAAACUUACCAGCAGAGAAAGAGCCAAGCUGUGUUUCAGGGCCACAAGAUGCAAGCCAGUCCAAGCUACAGAUGCUGUGCAGAAGUAUACCUUUGCAGACCUGAAUCUGGGGAAUGAACAGAUCAUCAGUUCCUCCACACCUUGUGGAGAUUUCUUUUUCCGUGGGUGUUGGACCUCAGAGUCUCAGCGAGUGAACCUGGCAUCAUCCAGGACAUUAUCCAGCAGCAAGAGUCAGGGUUCUGUCUCCACUGAGAAUACAGCCUCUGACAUUAACAAUAUAGUAAAGAAGUGUAACGAGCUGGACCUCAACAUCAUUGUUAUUUGGAAGGCUUAUGUAGUCGAGGACAACAAACAACUGAUUCUGGAGGGCCAGCUCCAUGUGGCCUUACAGACCAUCGGCAAAGAAGCCAGUUCCCUGAUUCCCAGAGAGGAAGCUCAGGAGAUGGUGCUCCUCAAGUUUAAAUCAGAGCUGCCCCCUCCAGUGGUCCUGCCUUCUGCAGAGCUAUCCCAGCUUAUCAAAACCAACCUGCACUACCCGGAGACCUACAACCACCCAUUUGUCCAGGAGAGCCUCUGUGUGGUUCCAGUUACACUGACCCUGUCAAACUGCUCAUCCGCUCAAGUAGACGUCAUAAUAGAGUUGCAGCACAAAAGCGCCAGCCAAGAGUCUCUGGAGGUCCACAGCUCAUUCACUUGGGUGGGUCAGACUCAAUACAAGCUACAACUAAAGGCUCAAGAGGUGCUGUGCCUGACUCUACGGGCCUGUUUCCUUCAGGCAGGAGUCUACAACCUCAACACUCCGCGAGUCCUUGCGAAGCCAGCCCAGCUGGGCACCAUGUGUGAGACAAGUCAGCAGACAGCUAGUCCUGCUCUCAUUAUCAUUAAUAAUGCCUGAGCAGAGCAACAUGGCCUGCAAGGAAGAGGGCUUCGACUCUGUUGAAACAGAAACCCCUGAGCAGUGACUUUACCUGCUUCUCUACACACCUGAACAUGUUUUUUUUAAACUAUCCCAGACAACAGGAAAACAGAUGUUUGUACCACUUAGUAAAAUAGAGACAGAUUUAUUUAAAACAAACUGCUACAGUUUAUAGAGUUUGAUGAGUUGACACUGUAGAGGAAGUGGUCAAACUGUUUAUGAACAUUGAAACUCUUACUUUUUUAAGCCAAGAAUCAAAAAAUUUCAUCUGCUUGUUACUUUUUAAAGAGGCCCACCAACACAGAGGUUUAUCCUUACUUAGUCUAGCCUUCCUUUCUUCUAUUUUUACCCACACUCACAAUCACCAGCAUCUAAAACGCUCACUUUGUAUUUGGAACUGAUAUGAGGUAAGUCAUGUAUUAGACAAGUGCUGGUGUUUGACCCAAAUUAAGACUGUCUCUCUUACUUUUCUUUAAAGCUUUAUAUCACACUUAUGCUCUUAAUUCAGAUAUGGAGUGUGCCCAUGUUGAUUUACAAAACACGAGUGCUCACAACAAUGAGGUUUAAUUUUCUGUGCAUUCGAGCUAGUUUAGCUGGACUGGCCAGCAUUUCAAGGCCUUCAGGCUAUUUCUGUCUGAUAGAAGUGAAAACAACUUUUGAAUGCUUAUAUGUGAAUAUAUCCCACUCGAGAGGUAUCAGAUUCAUAAAUAACUGAACAGUUCUUUUCAAGUGACAUUUACUCUGAAAUUCUAACAGGAGCUGUGUACAUCCUCUAUAUUGUAUUCCUCACCACCCAACCAUCUUUUCAUUGAGUCUACAUUGUUGGGGCAUCAGUCCCCCAGCAAUGUAGAGUCCUUGGUAGAAACUACUGACCACUGUGUGACUUCAUCAUUAAAUAACACUCUAGCCGUAUUGUCUCAUGUACAAGCAGGUCAUUUUCUCCAGUCCAGCCAGAUCGGCUAACCCCCCUCAAUUUUUGUGUUUAAAUUAACUGUAUUGUGAUCAAGCUCUUGUAUGCAUUGUUUUGACUGCUUUUCUGAAAAUUAUGCAUUAUAUUUAUAUAACUAAUUGAAUGUAAAUAGAAAAUAAACCAUACCUAAUGAUA